AUGUCAACGUCGUACUUCACUACGGUGAAGAUCGGUUCCCAGCUUGAUUUUCAGAUUGAGGUUUUCCGCCACUUUGGAAGGGCGACAUGCGUGGCAGCACCAGCCGCGGAGCUGGACGGGACCCACGUCACGCGCCAGCAACUGCGCAGCUUGGCGUGGCCGCAGCGCCAGGCGCUGGCGUGGGCGUGCGCGCGCUCCUCCGCAGCGGCGGGUGCGCGUGAAGCCGUGGGCGCGCGGAGCGGCAGCAGGCGGCCGUGGUACGCGGGAGUGGCGGUGGAAGGGCGGCGGCGGUUGAGCGGCGGGCAGCGGGAAGCGUUUGAGCGGCGUAUGGAGGCGGAGCUAGCGGCCAUGCUGGCGCGCCCACCCACGCGGACGGGCGGGAUGGAGGGGCGAGGGAUGGAGGAGGUUGGGGAAAGACAACAGCCCCGCGUUGGAGCGCGCGGCCUGACGUCCGCGGAGUUUUUGUUGGCGCGGCAGAGGGGGAACGAGCGUGGCGGAAAAGUAGGUAGCGGAGGAGCAGCGGGGGGGAAUGAGAAUUGGGAGAGGCGGCACGAUAUCGCUCAGCUGUGCGCUCAACUGGAUGAGAGCCUGUCGUCGCGCGCUGUGGUGGGCGGGGCGGUGGCAGCACAAGAGCGAGAGGUGGGAGGGGCAGCACCACGCAUUGAGGCCGCGGUGGGUGUAGCGCAAGGGGGGAGCAGCGACGGGUGGGCGCGAGAGAAGGCGGCGCUGGUGGAGUUCCAGGCAGCGCUAACACCGGCAUCGCAGCGCGUGCUCAAGGAAUGGUCGCUCACGUCGCUGGUGCCGCUCACCCCCAAACCCAACGCUGUGGUGGGUGUGGUGCUGUCGCAGCUGGGCCUGCAAGGCACCAUCUCCUCCUCCCUCGCCUCCCUCCCCUCCUUGCAGUACCUUGUUCUCUCCGACAACGCGCUCUCCUCCUCCAUCCCCUCCGCCCUCGCGCUCCUCCCCGCCCUCACGCUCCUCGACCUCUCCAACAACCAGCUAUCCGGCACCAUCCCCUCCGCCUUUUCCCGCCUCUCCGCCUUGGCCUCCCUCUCUCUCUCCAACAACCAGCUAUCCGGCACCAUCCCCUCCGCCUUUUCCCGCCUCUCCGCCUUGGCCUCCCUCUCUCUCUCCAACAACCAGCUAUCCGGCACCAUCCCAGCCUCCCUCGUGCUCCUCCCCGCCCUCACGCUCCUCGACCUCUCCAUAAACCAGCUAUCCGGCACCAUCCCCUCCUCCCUCUCCCGCCUCUCCGCGUUGGUCUCGCUCUCCCUCUCCAACAACCAGCUAUCCGGCACCAUACCCGCCUCCCUCGGCGCACUACCCUCCCUCUCCUACCUCUACCUCAACGUCAAUGCUCUCACCUCCUCCAUCCCAACGGCUCUCGCGCGCCUCUCCUUGCUCUCAGAGCUAGCACUGGGCACAAACGACCUAUCAGGCACAGUGCCAGCGGCGCUCUCUUCACUCACAGGACUAGUCAUUCUAGACCUGGUCACCAACCGCCUCUCAGGAACGCUCCCCUCGCCCGCCUUCUCCGCGUGGUGCCGCGCUGCCUUCAGCAUAGAGAUCACGGGAAACGCCUUUUCCGGCCCGCUGCCCGACUUGACAGCGUGCACGGGGCUGGUAUGGCUGGACAUGGGCACGAACGGCUUCACUGGCACCAUGCCGGAGUCUGUCAGCCACAUGACCUCCCUGGAAACACUCAUCCUCCUCAACAACUCCCUCACAGCCUUGCCGCCCGUAGCCCUCGCGUCCCUGCCCGCCCUGGGCCAGCUGGACCUCUCCAGGAACAACCUCACGGGCCGCAUCCCCCCGCUCUGCGCGUCGCCCAGGUACACGCGCCUGCGCAGCCUGCGCUUCAGCGGCAACCGGCUGAGCGGGCGCGUACCAGCGUCGCUGGGCAGGUGCGAGCUGCUGGAGAACCUCUUUCUAGACGACAACAGCCUCUCGGGCUCCCUCCCUGCCACCUUCCGCCUGCUGCGCCGCCUGCGCCUGGUGCGUCUGGAGCGCAACAAGCUCUGGGGCCCUCUGCCGCUGGCGCGCCUAGAAAACAUCACGGAGAUCUGGCUCGACGGGAACUCGCUCUCCGGCCGCAUACCCCCUGAUCUCAGCUCGGCAGAGCGCCGCUUCAUCUACUUCUCGGCUCCGCACAACCGCUUCAGCGGGCCGCUGCCGGCUUCUCUGGGCCGGCUGGUGAUGCUGGAUCUAUCCUUCAACGCGGUCUCAGGCCCCAUCCCCCGCGCCUUCAUCGCCUCCACUGCCAACCUCUCCGUGCUGCUGCUCCCGGGAAACCGCCUCUCCGGCUCCAUCCCCGCGCGAAUCACCGCGCUCACCGCUCUCAAAACCCUCGACUUGAGCGGGAAUGAGCUGGAGGGCGCCCUGCCGGAGAACCUAGCUGCGCUCUCGCUCCUGCAGGAGCUCUCCCUGGCUAGCAACAACCUCACAGGGGCCAUCCCAGGAGACCUUGCGGCGCUGCCCGCGCUCGUGCGCGUUGACCUCAGCAACAACCGCCUCUCCGGGCCUAUCCCUCAGUUCCUUGGUGGUGCCACUGCUUCUGGGGACAGCGGUGCUGGAGCUGCAGGGAGUGUCAGCGUGGCGCAGCUGCUGCUGGGAGGCAACGAGCUGUCCGGGUCCAUCCCUGACGGCCUCUCCACACUCACACAGCUUGUCACCCUCAAUCUCUCCACCAACCGGCUGUCGGGCUCGCUGCCCUCGGGCUUGUCAGGCCUGCAGCAGCUGUCAGUGUUGGACGCCUCUUGGAACGCACUCUCCGGCUCCAUUCCUUCCGCCCUCUCGUCCCUCUCGUCCCUCCGCUCCCUCAACCUCUCCUCCAACUUCCUCUCUGGUCCGAUCCCCGCCGGCCCACUUUCCGCCCUCCCCGUGGCUGCCUAUGCCAACAACGCCGCUCUCUGUGGCCCCCCCACCAACGUCCCCUGCUCCCUGCCUCCGCCCUCCUCCCCUCCUCCGGAAAACUCAGUCGGUUUGCCAGCGGCGGCAGUGGCAGGCAUUGUGGCAGCGAGUGUGUGUGCGCUGGCCGUGGUGGCAGCAGCGCUGUGUGUGGUGGGGAGGAGGAGGGAGGUGGAGAGGAGGAGGCGGCUGAGCGGGUACUUGCUGAUAGUGAAGCAGGCGCCAGUGAGGGUGACGGUGGAGGGGAUAGUGGAGGGUACCAAGAACUUCAGUGACAGCAUGCUGCUGGGGAAGGGCGGCUUUGGCAGCGUCUACAAGUGCAAUGUGCCGGGCACGCAGUGCACGCUAGCCAUCAAGAGACUCCAUUCGUCACUGCCCCUGCUGCACUCCGCCUCUCCUUCCACCACGGCCGCGGGCAAGGGGAGCAAGAAGGGCAAGGGGGGCAAGGGGGUUUCCGGGGAGGAGGCGAGGGAGGCAGCAGAGCAGCAGGCGAACAAGGAGGUACAGGCAGAGGUGCGGACUCUGGGACAGCUAGAACAUCAGAACCUAGUGCGGCUGUACGGGGCAUAUGUGAACGUGGCGGCAGGGGACAGGUGGCUCAUCUAUGAGUACAUCGCUGGGGGCAGCUUGGAGGAUCUGCUGAGGAGGAGGAGGGAGGCUGCACCUGGGGAGGGGUUUAAUAAGUGGGAGGCGAGGCUGAGCAUUGCAAUGGGGUUGACUAAGGCGCUCAAGUAUCUGCAUCACGAGUGCUCGCCGUACAUUAUUCACCGCGACAUCAAGCCGUCUAACAUUCUUGUGGUGGAGUCCAGGGGCGUACGAGUAGCUGACUUCGGCCUGGCAAGGCAGGUGGACGUGCGGGCAUCUCACAUGUCCACAGCCGUGCUCGGCACGUACGGCUACAUGGCUCCCGAAUACGCGCAGCGGGGGAGGGUCACCACAGCCACUGACGUGUUUGCGUUCGGGGUGGUGCUGCUGCAGCUGGUGUCGGGGCGAUCGCCGUACGACGAGGAGGUGGAGGACAGGGGGCUAGCCAGGUGGGCCUUCUCCUCGCCCGUGUCCGCCGUGCUCGACCCGCUGCUGGGGCCCUCUGCGCCCACCAGGGCAGUGGAGGCGGUGCUGAGACUGGCGCUGCGGUGCACGGCAGAGCAGAGCCAGAGACGCCCGUCCAUGCUGGAUGCGUGGACGUAUCUCACAAGCCUGCAUGAUGUGGUGGCGCACAUGCAAGUCCAGGGUGGGGAGGGGAUGGAUUUGUCGCUAGAGCAGCAGGGCAUGGCGUGGGAUGCUGGGGGCGUUGGGUCUGGGUCGACUUCUGUACUGCCUGGGAGCAGAGCCGAGGAGGAGGAUGACAAGGGUGGGAAAGACAGCGACGCGCACGUGAAUGGGACAGGGUGA